UGAAGCUAAUCGUGGAAAGGGUCACACAAACUUUUUGUCAUCUACAAUAAUGGAAGAGGUUAUCAGCAUAAUGGGUGAACAACUCCUCAGAGAAAUUAUUUCCAGAGUUAAGAAGUCAAAAUACUACUCAAUCUCUUUGGACUCUACACCUGAUGCAGCCCAUAUUGAUCAACUGACCCUUGUAUUGAGGUACAUGGAGAAAGAUAGCCCUGUGGAACGCUUUGUAACCUUUAUGGCAAACAAAGGGCAUGGUGCUGAAGAUAUGUUCAAUGCUUUGAGGGAAUUUUUAAACACAUAUGACCUGGACCUUGGAAACUGCCGUGGACAAAGCUAUGACAAUGCAUCAGCAAUGAGUGGUAGGUACAAUGGUCUUCAAGCCAAAGUGAGAGAGAAGAACAAUCUUGCAUCCUGGAUUCCUUGUACAGCACAUUCUCUUAACCUGGUUGGUAAAAAUGCUGUAGAAUGCUGCUCAAGUGCUGUACAUUUCUUUGACUUCCUUGAAAAGCUGUUUGUCUUCUUCACAAUUUCAACCCAUCGGUAUCAACUUCUGGAUGAGGCUUUAAAAAAAAGUGAUUCAUCUUUGACUCUCAAACGUGUCACAACAACGCGCUGGUCCUGCAGAGCUGAUGCAACUAAGGCUCUUAAGCAUAAUUAUGAGCAGAUUAAGGAGGUUCUUAAGCAUAUUGUCGAUGACAUUGAAGAAAAAAAGUGUGUACGCUGUGAAGCAGAAGGACUGUUAAAACAGAUGAAUCAGCUUGAAACAGGAAUUUACACCACCUUCUGGAAUGAUAUUCUGCAAAGAACAGAUGCAACUAAUAAAACUCUUCAACACGCAAAACUUGAUCUAAAUACUGCUGUGGCAUCACUGACUAGCUUGAAGGAAUAUGUUGCAUCAAAGCGUGACUCCUUCCACACUUAUGAAAAAGAAGGUGAACAGCUGUCUCAGUCUGGAUCAGCUUAUAAGGCUGUAGAAUCUCGGCAGAAGCGACGCAAUGUGCGUCUUAACCCACUGGAUUAUGGACAUGCAGAAGAAGUGCAACUCAGCCCUUCUGAAAAAUACAGAACACAAACUUUCUUGCCUAUCAUUGAUCAGUUUGUAUCUUCUCUCGGUCAACGUCUGGAAGCAUACAAACAGAUAUCAAGUAAAUUUAGUUUUUUUAGACAUCUGCAAAGGCUUUCUUCAGAUGAACUUUGCGACGCAGCAGAGCAACUCAUCAGAUCAUAUCCAGAUGACUUGGAUAUAACAUUUAAGGAGGAACUGUGCCAGUUUGUCACAUUUGCUAAUAUAUUCACAGAUGAGGAGCCAACAGAUGUCAGCACUGAGCUUUUCCUGUAUAGACUUGUAUUGGACAAGGGUGUGCAGGACACUUUCCAAAUCAUAGAGAUAGCUCUGCGAAUAUACCUUGUCCUAAUGGUGACAAACUGCAGUGGGGAGCGCUCUUUCUCAAAGCUAAAGUUAAUUGAAAACAGGUGA